AUGGCAAGUGUUGAUCUUUCAUCUAUAUCAUCAUCAGGUUUGCUUCCUGUUGAAUUUGAAAUUCUCCAACAAUAUCAAUUUCUCAAUUCACAACUCAUAACAUUGAAUAACGAAAUAACGCGAUUGACUUCUAAGUCCACUUCCAUUAAAGCUAGUUUAGCAUCAAAUCCAGAAUCAGGUAAUUCACAUGUUCUUCUUGAAAAUUUACGAAAUAUUGAAGUCAAGAUUGGUUUAAUUCAUACAUUAUUUAAGGGGGCUGUCUACACAUUGUUUCUCGAUCAAGAUAAUGAUGUAGAAGAUCAAGAAUUUGAACAACAAGAGGGUGUAAUAGAUGAUGAAGAGGAAGCAAACUCGUGA